CUUUGAAGAAAUUCACCAAUAGUGCCGAAUACGUGAAGGCUGUUUUCUCACCAGAUGUCUCUCCUCAGACCAUAUCCGCCAAACUGGCCGGGGAACUCCUCCCCGACUACAGCAAGUAUAUCAAGAGGUUUGUCUCAUUUGCAGACUGCGGAGGCAACCACUGCCAAGACAUGGGAUACAAGGAACACUACCACUGUGUGGACUGCAGUUUCAGGGUUUUCAUCAAGAAAGAAGAGAUGAUCCGCCAUUUCAAGUGGCACAAGAAGCGAGAUGACUCCCUGCAGCAUGGGUUCAUGCGCUACAGUCCCAUGGACGACUGCUUUGCUAAGUUUGGCAACUGCACACACUGUGGCAAGCAGACUCAUUACCACUGCAUACAGUCUGGCUGUAACAAAGUCUACAUCAGCACCUCAGAUGUUCAGAUGCAUGCCAACUACCACCGCAAAGAUUCCGCCAUCAUUCAGGAAGGAUUUCAGAGAUUUCGAGCCACAGAGGAUUGUGGGACCCCAUCUUGUCAGUUUUAUGGGCAGCGUACCACCCACUUCCACUGCCGCCGCUCCAGUUGUAAUUUCACCUUUAAAAACAAGGCUGAUAUGGAAAAACACAAAGCAUACCACCAGAAGGAUGAAAUUCUUUCUAAGGAUGGAUUCAAGAAGUUUAUGAAAUAUGAACACUGCACAUUCCAAAACUGCAAGUACUCCAAAGUCAGUAACCACAUUCACUGCAUUCGACCUGGUUGUGACUAUGUACUACAUUCCACUGGACAACUUUAUUCCCACAAGCGAAAGCAUGAACGUCGUGACUUCGAACAUGCCUACAAGCGUUUCAAAGAGGAGCAACAUUUUAAAAAGCGCGUCUCCGUGGGACCUGUCCCCAUCGCACCUAUGCCUACAAGUGGUAUCCCACAAUUCACCUUGCAGAACUUCCAACUUCCUGUCAUCAAGCAGGAGGCGGAAUAUGUGGACAUUGAUGAUCUCGUUAAGAUGAAACUGUCACGAGAAAAUACACCUGUGAAGGGAGUUUCCCCCUCUGGAGCAUCUAGCCCCUUGGAUUUUUCUACCACUUCCUCCAUAGGGUCAGAUCUUCAGAUUAAUAUGGAUACCCAAGAUUCCAUGAUGAGUGUUCGCUCGGAGACCAACUCGCCACAAGAAGAAGAUUCCUCAAUUAACCUGACCAAAAGUGCUGGAGACAUUACAGGUGAUGACUUAAACAAUUCCCUCAAUUUACCAAUUCCAACCUUUGAGAAAAAGAAGACAGAAAGUUCGGUAAAGACGGAGUCAGCCUCAUUUUCAUCCACGCCUACCCACAAUACCUCCAUGGCAGCUAAAGUAACACCCGGGGAGGCAUCACCCAUUGAGAAGAUGACCUUUGACCCCACCAAGCUCCAGGUGACCAAGAAUAAUGUCAAAGAUGAUUCGUGGAAAGGCAUUCUGACCAGGUAUACUGCUAAUGACCCCUGUAACUCCCGCUGUGAAUAUCUCUAUAAAGACCAUUACCACUGCAAUAUCACUGGAUGCAAUAUGGUAUUUAGGUCCAAGGAAGGUGUCAGGGAGCAUGCAAGAAACCAUGAGCAGCAGGACAAAAUCUCUGAUCUCACAUAUAUGCAGUUCAAUGAGUCCGAGCAGUGUAGCCAGGAAUUGUGUCCAUACGCCAGGAAGGAGAAGCACUAUCAUUGCCUCUGGGCUAACUGUCAGCGUGUCAUCUCCAGCACAGGAGACAUAUUUGCCCGUCUUACCCACUACAGGGAACACGAAUACCUCAGUGCUGUUCUCUGUAGGAAGUCCAAACCCUCCUCAUCCCAAGGCGGGGACAGCGGGAACCUCUUCAACCAUUUCACUCUCCCCAAAACCCGCCGAGGUCGACCUCCCAAGUAUCCAAAAACCCACAUCCCUGUGGUGCCAAAAGUAGAGCUGAAAGAGGGCACCUUUGUUGAUGAUAAGACAGAGCUGACAGAGAAGGAUUUGGAAAGCCUUAAUGCAACAACCAAGGUCAUUAAGGGCUUUAUGAAGUUCGAUGAGGCUCAGCCCUGCCCGGAUCAUCUCUGUUUGUUUCAUAAAAAGGUUCAUUACCACUGCCUUAGACCGAGGUGUCAUCAUGCCAGUGACAGGGCUGACGUGCUGAAUCUUCAUUGCCGCGAUUUUCACAACUACAUCCACAUCCUCGAAGGCUACGAGUUCUUUGAUCGCAACAUCAACUGUCGCCGUCCACAUUGUCAUAAUAACGGUGCCAACAAGCAUUUCCACUGCACACGCUCACGCUGUGACUAUUCGUUUGUGAGACCAACAACCAUGGCACAACACGAGAAAAAACACCAAGAGGGCAGCAAGCAGGCAGAAGGCUCCUCUCCCUUACCCGUCAAAGUCCCAAUUCCAAAAGAGGGUGUGCCGUUUCCUCCAUCAACUGUAACAGCCAAUCAGGCACUGGCUUACAAGCUGACCCCAGAAAAAGAUAAUGAGGCCAAGAACAUUGUCAAAGCUAAAGGUACCUUCUUUCCCACCAGUGGGGGCAUGCCUGUCAGCAUUCCCAACACUGCUGCUGGCAUGAUGGGCACUCAGAUGAUCAGUCACAUGAUGCCUCAAAUCAUCUACACUUCGGCAGGACCAAUUGCCGUAGCUCAACCGGUACUCAUGGCAGCUCCCCAGCAGUUGGCGUCUUCAUCAACAACAUCGCCUACUCUUAGCCCAACGAGUCAAGAAGAGCAGCAGAAAGCCACCAUUGCCUCGGCAACUCAGGGUUUCCUACCGUUGGCCCUACUUCUGCAGCAGAAAGCCAUGCAGAGCAUGCCUCAGAACAAUUGGGACAUGAUGAAGGUGCAGAUGUAUUGCCCGGCGAAUGUGAACUGUGGGCGGCCAUUUUGCAAGCUGAAGAAGCGUGAGCAUUUUCACUGCAAGGAGUGCAACCAGGCGUUCUCUUAUGAGGACAGGUUGAAAGUACACAUUGCCAAACAUGGGUUGAAACUGGAGGAAGACCAGCAAAUAUGCAUAAUGCCCACUGCUGCACUUAAUCAGAAUGUUCCAGUAACUUUUAAUGGGAAUGAAGCAACCACAGAAGCAACAUCUGGUGGGAACGCUAAGGCGGAAGAUGGAGAUGAUGUGGAAGCUUCGUCUUCACUCACCUUGAAACCAGAAGCUUUCACAAGCAUUUUAGAAAAAGCCCAACAAAACCAGCACAAUUCCGAUGAACAGCAGAAGUCAGGUCAGUCACAUUCCAAGGCAAAAGGUGGUGUCCCAGAAUGCAAUGGGGCAGCAGAUACUCCGCAGGAGGAAUCGCUCGAUUUGUCCAUCAGCUCCACCGGGGGGUCUCUCCAAGACAGCUCCAGACGGUCAGGACGGAAGAGAAUUUCCACCCACAUGGAGGAUUUCAUCACCAAUGAUGAGCCGGCCCCAAAGCAGCAGAAGGUAUCCCACUCUAGCCCAGUGCCCAGUAAAACCGAUCCAUUACCAGACGGGUUCCAACGGUACCAUUACUCCGAGGACUGCGGACACGCCCAGUGUGCUCAUCGCCAGAACCUGACCCACUUUCACUGCUCCCGUCCUGAUUGUGCUUUCGCAUUCACCGACCGUUCGCGCAUAGUGCAGCACAGCAUACGCCACGAGCGUGUGGACGCCAUAAUGGGAGGCCAGUUCCAGCAGUAUCGUGGAACCUCCGAAUGUGGACGUCCUGAUUGCCAAUACACAGGGAAAUCAUCCCACUAUCACUGUCUGCGUUGUCCAUUCAUUUGCACAGAUACGAGCAAAGUUUCAGCCCACAGAAAACAGCAUUCGAAGAUGGAGAAGUUUGCCUCGCAGGGGUUCACGAAAAUCUCUCAGACUGCAGAAUGUGAUGUGGCCAAUUGUCCACACAGCAAGAAGCAGACCCAUUACCACUGCGUGUACGCCGGCUGCUCUCACUGUGUUCUCAGUCCCUGCCAGAUGGCGCAGCACAAACGCAAACACGAAGUGGCAUAA